GCACCCAAAGAACAGCUAGCUGUCAGGAGCCCACUAACCAAUGGUUUUGCUAUCGUGCAGAAUCUGAGUGCAGGGCUGCCCUCGGGACAGAUCUGCCACGACGAGCAGCGGCUGGAGGUGAUCUUCGCAGAUCUGGCCAGGCACAAGGACGAUGCUCAGCAGCGCAGCUGGGCACUCUAUGAGGAUGAGAACGUCAUCUGCUGCUACCUGGAGGAGCUGCUUCGCAUCCUGACAGAUGCAGACCCAGAAGUUUGCAAGAAAAUGUGCAAGAAGAAUGAGUUUGAAUCCGUCCUGUCCCUUGUCGCAUAUUAUCAGAUGGAACACAGGGUGCCGUUACGGCUGCUGCUGUUGAAGUGCUUUGGAGCCAUGUGCAACUUGGAUGCUGCAGUCAUCUCAACGCUUGUAAACUCUGUGCUGCCGAUGGAGCUGGCCCGGGACAUGCAGACUCACACACAAGAUCAUCAAAAGAUGUGCUACUCUGCACUGGUGCUGGCGAUGAUGUUCUCCAUGGGGGAGCCCCUGCCAUAUCAUCACUAUGAACAUCUCAACUCUCAGUUUGUGCAGUUCCUGCUGGACGUGAUUGAGGACGGGCUGCCCUCAGACACCACCGACCAGCUGCCUGACUUAUUUGUCAAUGUCCUUCUGGCCUUCAAUCUCCACAUUCCAGUUCCAGAACACAGCGUGAUCAUGACCACAAUAAGCAAGCACUCGAAUGUCAAGACUUUCACAGAAAAGCUGCUGCUGCUGCUGAACAGGGGAGAUGAUCCAGUUUGUAUCUUCAAGCAUCAGCCUCAGCCGCCGCACUCAGUGCUGAAGUUUCUGCAGGACAUCUUUGCCAGCAAGGAUACGGCCAGCAUCUUCUACCACACAGACAUGAUGGUCCUGAUAGACAUCCUGGUGCGGCAGAUUGCUGAUCUCUCCCCAGGAGACAAGCUGAGGAUGGAGUAUCUCUCUCUGAUGCAUGCCAUCAUCCGCUCCACGCCCUAUCUGCAGCACCAGCACCGCCUCUCUGACCUGCAGGGCAUCUUGCAGCGCAUCCUGGGGGAGGAGGAGGAGAGCCAGCAGUGCCAGAUGGACAAACUGAUCAUCCUGGAGAUUUAUAAGGAGUUCCCAGAAAUCUCUCCUGGUACCAGCUAA